UUGGGCGCACCGCCCGGCAUACAGAACGGGCCGCACUAGCAGAAUGCAUCCGACAGCGGGAUUUGUGCUGAUCGCGGGACUGAUCGUCGUCCUCUGCCCAGAUGUCCAAGGCCUGUACACGUCGAGCGAUGUGAACACGUCGAAGCAGAGCUACUUUUUCGGCGCGAAAGAUGCGGGCGACAUUUUGUGCUACUCCAAAACGCUGCUCAAGGGCUCGGUAAUGCCACAGGAUGUGUCGUACACCAAUCCGACAGCGGGUAAAAACAUCAACUUUAUUACGCUGGCGGCGGACAAGUACUCGACGCACGGAUUUACGGCCGAUAUUUCUAGUGGCAAGAUUGGAACAACGACCGUUACAAUUAAGAUAAAUGCAAAGUCGAUUUUGCCGUACGCCAUUAUAGUGAAGUACUAUUGCGUAAAGUAAUGUAGCAGUAAGGAAGGAGCGCACUGUUUUAUUACUUUAAUAAAUAUUUAUUGCAAAAUUUUUAACCAGUUGACUUGAAUUA